CCUCAGCCUUGAGGACAGCAAGACAGCUCACAGCUUGUGUUCUCAGCCUUCUUUGUGGACGGCUUCUCGUUGGCGGUGUUUCUGGGGCUGCUCACCGGAAAGGGCAACCGCGACUGACGGACCAUGUCGAUGCCCGUUACCCUGCCGCGCCUGUUCCACCUUCACCACGACUUCUCUACGCCCCUACGCGCCACACAGGCUCCAUGGCCCGGCGUAGAGCUCCAAUACCUCUCUUUUCUUUUCUUCCUGUCUCUCCUCAGCCUGUCUCAGGCGCCAAUCUUUUCGCAACGUUUCUUCUUCCUCGCGCGCGCGCGCUCUGCAGUCGCAGUUGCCUUCUUUCCCCAAGGCUGCUAAAUCUGGCAACGCAUAUCGAGCCUCAUUUUCUCGCCUCUUCAUCGCCUGUACCGAAGUCCUUCGGCUCUUCUUUCACCUUCACUGCUCGCGCCGCGGGCGUUAUUCACCUUCAUCCCAGGUCUAUAUUCCAAUAAGCGACGCCCGCUCCACACCCGACCGACGGCCCCUCUUCCUCCUCAAUCGCUCCUGCCCUCGAACCUGGCCGAAGCCCAA